AUGGCGGGCGAGCUUGAGGGCUGCAAGUCCCUGGGUGGGCUGCUGAGCGGCCUGGCCCAGAACGCUUUCCACGGGCACCCGGGCAUCACAGAGGAGCUCCUGCGAAGCCAACUCUAUCCGGAGGUGCCACCCGAGGAGUUCCGCCCCUUUCUGGCGAAGAUGAGGGGGAUUCUUAAGUCUAUUGCAUCGGCAGACAUGGAUUUCAACCAGCUGGAGGCAUUCUUGACUGCUCAAACCAAAAAGCAAGGUGGGAUCACAUCUGACCAAGCUGCUGUCAUCUCCAAAUUCUGGAAGAGCCACAAGACAAAAAUCCGAGAGAGCCUCAUGAACCAGAGUCGCUGGGACAGUGGGCUUCGAGGCCUGACCUGGAGAGUUGAUGGCAAAUCUCAGUCAAGGCACUCACCCCAAAUACACACGCCUGUGGCCAUAAUAGAGCUGGAAUUAGGGAAAAGUGGAGAGGAAUCUGAAUUUCUGUGUUUGGAAUUUGAUGAGGUCAAGGUCAACCAAACCCUGAAGAAGCUCUCAGAGGUAGAAGAAAGUAUCAACGCACUGAUGCAGCCAGCCUAACUGAAGAUGAUGUAGGAAGGAGUUGGAGUAGUUGAAACAAAGGUUUCAUGAUACCUUCCCACUGAUGUCUUUUUAAAAAAAUCUUUUUUCCCCAAUUGGUAUUAAAUCCUCAAAUUCAAA